GGCGUUUUAUAAACCAGUCGUCAUUGUAACGGCGCAUGGUAAAACGCGUUUGCGAAUCGCUCAACACACAGUGUACCACUUUGGUAGUUUAAGCACACACGCAAGUUCUCGAGUCUCGUUUAGAUCAGUUGUCCAAGUGAUUAUGAUAACCGACCCUUAUCUUAGCAAACGUUCCGUUGAAAUCACAUUGACUCGCCGCGAAGGAUACGAUCGAGUCGGCUCCCAACAACGAUUCAACUUUUCCGCCGUCCGAAGUCAUUGUCACCAACUCUUAGUGUCAUCCUCCUGAAAUUUAUUUUACGUCUUGUAUAACAGAAGCACAUUCUCAGACAAAAAGGACCUGUCAUUGUUCAUGGUCACAGUCGAUUCCGGAAAAUUGCCAUAACAAUUGUCCGGCAUAACCAGUAGUGUUUGCCGUGACAAGAAGAGGGUGUAUAAUUUAAACACCACUUGUCUGGAUAAAUAAAAUUCGACACGUCCGUAUUAGUAUCUUUACUAUUAUUGUUCAAAUAUAUUUAGGUAUUUUGAAUAAACGACUAUACUUUAGAAUAGAUAAUAAAUAAAAAUAUUAAAACACAACAAACGCCUAAUAAUGGAGAAUCCACCAGCUUACAACGAAUACUACAAAAAGCGUUCGGUUUCAUCGUAUUCAUUAGACUACGUUCCACCGUCGACGAACCUCAUGAACGGGUCUUCAACUACUAAACUAACUGAACAAGACUCUAUUGGCGAGCACCCAUUCACAAUAUCAGCAUCAACUAUGGGUAUACCAGUUACAAGUGGAACUAACACCAAAGGGAACUCAUAUGAAACCGAAUAUGAUCCAUUUGAACACCGUGAUAAAUCUAAAGCUACUACUGACUCUGGAGCAUUGUUACAUUUAAUUAAGAGUAGCUUGGGAUCAGGUAUAUUGGCUAUGCCCAGCGCGUUCAAAAACUCUGGAUUAAUAUUCGGUCUCUUUGGAACUAUUGCUAUUGGUGCCUUGUGCACUCACUGUAUUUACUUACUUGUUAUAUGUUCCCAAAUUCUGGCCAAAAGAAUUAAAAAACCUUCAUUAGGAUUUGCUGAAACAGCUGCAGUUGCAUUUGAAACAGGACCAAAAAAAUUCAGAGCGUGGGCUCCAUUUGCUAGAGAGUUUGUUAAUGCCGCCCUAUUUGCUACAUAUUAUUUUGGCAACACAGUCUACGUUGUGUUUGUAGCUACAUCUUUCAAACAAGUAUUUGAUAAUCACGUAAAUGCAGAGUAUCAUUGGCCAAUUCAAGUAUGGAUUUUAAUGCUAGCAUUGCCAUUAGUUCCACUGGGCCUUAUCAGGACGAUGAAAGUUCUAGUGCCUUUUUCGGCAAUAGCUACUACUUUUAUAAUGGUGGGAUUAUCAAGCACAAUGUACUUUGUAGUGGCCGGAGAAAGUUUUAUUACUUCAAAGGAUUAUAAGUCUUCCAACAAUUAUAUUGCUCCAGAACCAUUACCUUCUAUCGAUUCACGACCGUGGAUAGCACCAUUAGCUCACAUGCCACUUUUCUUUUCAACUGUUCUUUUUGCCAUGGAAGGCAUUGGUACUGUACUACCUAUUGAAAAUUCAAUGAAGAACCCUCAACGUUUUCUACAAAAAUUUGGUGUCUUAAAUAGCUCAAUGGUGUUAGUCGUAGCCUUAUACACUAUGGCAGGAUUUUUAGGUUAUUUGAGAUUUGGACCAGCAACAUUGGGUAGCAUCACGCUCAACUUGCCUGAGGAUAUAUUUGCCGAACUAGUAAAAAUCAUGGUAGCACUCUCUAUCUUAUUCAGUUAUGGGUUACAAUUUUGCGUACCAUCAGAAAUUAUGUGGAAACGUAUAGAGCCUGUUUUACGCCGACGCCGGGAGUUGCAACGCAAACGCAAAGGCAUUCCCUCAGCAAUUUGUGAUCUUCCAGUUAUUUCCCAACCUUCAAUGGAACUCGACUAUUACACUAUGCGAGGAUUGAUGAUUCUCGGAACGGUUCUUAUAGCAGCCCUCGUACCAGAGUUGUCACCUUUCAUUUCUCUCAUCGGUUCAAUAUUUUUCUCCAUUCUAGGUCUCUUCUGUCCAGCUGUCAUACAUAUUAUUACAUUCUGGGCCGAUGAUAGUAAUCCCAAACGAGAAACUAAUAGCAGGUUUGUCUUCUGGAAAAACAUAUUGGUUAUUGUCAUAUCUUUAGUGGCAUUGGUGGCCGGAACUUAUGCCAGCAUGAUCGACAUUAUUCAUUUCUAUAAAGUUCAAAGUCAACAAGGAUCAAUCAAUAUCGCAUUAAAUACUACAACAAUGUCAUCUGGUGGUAGUGAUGUAUGAAAUUUUCUGGUAAACACGAUAACUGAUUUUAAGAUUGUAAUUAAUGGAAUGAUACUGUAAAAACUUCAACACAAACCUAAGAAGUAUUGAGAAUGCUAGUUUUUAACAAUUUUAUAUUAAGUUUUAAAUUAUUAUAGUGUUUACUAAGCAUAUAUAUAUAUAUACUAAAUGAGAUAUAAAAGAUAGACUCGUAAGUGACAAAAGGUAAAAAAAUAGGUUUCCCAAAUCUUUGAAUAUUUUUUUUAAUUUGAAAUAAGGAAAUUAAAACUUGGUUUUAAUAUUUUUUGUUGUACCUUUUAGUAUGCUUUUUGGAGUAAAAUUUUAAAUAAAGCUCUAUAUAAAUAUUAAAGACUUUUUUUAGAUUAAAAAAAUAGUGUGGCUAAGCAACUUACUUCGCUAAACCACUAUUAAAAUUCUACCUUUUUUAUUUCUUGACUAAAUUCCUAUGUCCAUCAUUGUAAAAUAUAUAUGCACCAUUAGUCUAUUAUGUUUAAUUUUUUAUUAUUUAGCAAUAAUAGUUACCAUAAACAAAAUAUGUACAGAAAUAUUUAUAUGCUUAAUUUAUUUCUUGUGUUUGAUUUUAAACAAAUUUUGGUGUUUAAUUCUACUUGAAAAGGUGCUAUGUUUAACGUUACCAAUA